UGUGCUCGCGCCGCCUAGCUUGACGCUGCCAGCGGAGCGUCCGAAUGGACCCGACGGGAGGAAACGCCGUUAGUCAGUAAGUUAGAGAAGAAAGUGUGAGCGUCCAUGUCUGCACCACAAACAUCAACACGCUGACACGGUCACUGGCAGCAAUGUCGAGGGAGAACACCACCCGGAGCCUGGACAGUAUAGACCUGGCAGCUCUACGAGAUCCGGCAGGUAUCUUUGAGUUGGUGGAAGUUGUCGGCAAUGGAACCUACGGUCAAGUUUACAAGGGUCGUCACGUCAAGACAGGCCAGCUGGCAGCUAUCAAAGUCAUGGACGUCACAGAGGAGGAAGAAGAGGAGAUCAAGCUGGAGAUCAACAUGUUGAAGAGUUACUCCCACCACAGAAACAUCGCUACCUAUUACGGAGCUUUUAUUAAGAAAGAGCCUGCUGGUCAGGACCACCAACUCUGGUUGGUGAUGGAGUACUGUGGAGCCGGCUCAGUGACGGACUUGGUGAAGAAGACUAAAGGAAACUGUCUGAAGGAGGACUGGAUAGCUUACAUCUGCAGAGAGGUGCUCAGGGGUCUUUCCCAUCUUCACUCCCAUCAUGUGAUACACAGAGACAUUAAAGGACAAAAUGUUUUGCUCACAGAGAAUGCUGAAGUCAAACUGGUUGACUUCGGAGUGUCGGCUCAGCUGGACAAGACCAUUGGUCGGAGGAACACCUUCAUUGGCACCCCCUACUGGAUGGCUCCAGAGGUCAUCGCUUGUGAUGAGAACCCCGAUGCCACAUAUGACUACAGGAGUGACCUCUGGUCUUUAGGCAUCACCGCAUUAGAGAUGGCCGAGGGAGCCCCUCCUCUGUGUGACAUGCAUCCAAUGAGAGCGCUAUUUUUAAUUCCACGAAACCCUCCGCCCAAACUGAAGUCAAAGAAAUGGUCGAAGCGCUUCCUGUCGUUCGUUGAUAAUUGCCUAGUCAAGAACCAUCUGCAUCGACCGGCCACCGACGCCCUGUUGAGACACGCCUUCAUCCGAGACCUAGCCAAUGAGAGACAAGUUCGCAUCAUGCUCAAAGAUCACUUGGACAGGACCAGGAAAAAGAGAGAGAAAGAGGGUCCAGAGUAUGAGUACAGUGGCAGUGAAGAAGAUGAGGACGAGGUCACAGAGGAGGAAGGAGAGCCAAGCUCAAUCGUGAAUGUUCCUGGUGAGUGGACGUUGAGACGGGAGUUUCUACGUUUGCAGACAGAAGAUCGGGAAGGAGGCAGAGAGGGAGGUCAGGAAGGAAGUGCUGCUUAUCAGAGACAAGCGUUACAGCAGCACAGGCAGCAGUUGGCGGAGCAGGAGCGCUACAAGCAGCAGUUAGUGGCGGACAGACAGAAGAGGAUCCAACAGCAGCACGAGCAACGGCUAAAGUUAGAGGUUCAGCAGAGGCAGCAGCUGGCGGACUGUGCCUUUCAGUGGGCGGAUCUUCAGGAAGUCUUGCUUGGGGAGGAGUCAGAUCUCCAUGACAACAGAAUCUUACUGGACGGGAGAAACAGGAGGAGCGACAGGAGGCCGGACCAGGCGGGCAGAAAGGGGAGUGCCGAUGUGUCAGUAAGGCCCCUGGACUACACAGCAGAGCAGAGAGCCGUGGCCCCGAAACAGCUGCUUCAGAGUAAGUCCCAGCACCCCCAGCAUCAGCUUCAGCUGCAGUCCAAACCCCUGUCUGUGGCCCAGCAUCAGCAGCCCUCGGUGGCCAGACGUUCCCACCGCACCCUGCCCAAGGACCAAACCCAGCUCCUGUCGCUGCAGCACGACCACAGACACAGGGAGCGAGAGAGGCAGAGGCAGAGAGAAAGGCCUGUGGCGGCUGUCCAGAAGCUAACAGCUAAAAGUGGGAUUACAGCUGCCGCUGCUGCUGCUGCUUCCUCACCCAGCCGCCCUGCAAACAGCCAGCGCUCAGUGAUGGACUUCCAAGAAUCAAACUUGGCCCGGCUGCUCUUGGCUGCUGGUCUUCCCAGCCAGGUGCACUCCAGGAUGGGCUCUGGGAGCAGCUCUAGUCCAUGUACCCCAGCCAUGCAGAGAGCUCACCUCAGCCAGAAUGCCAAUCUGCGCUCUAGUCGAGAGGCCCCUCACAGCAGCUCCAUGUCAGAUAUGCCCCUUUCCCCCCUGUCGCCAUUUUCACCCAUGUCCAUCACCGAUGAUGUCUUCUGGGACUCAGUCGAUGAACCGCCUAAAGUCCCAGAACGCACUACCUCCAAGUUUUACUGUAGAGAGCUGGUGAUGGGACACAGGAGGGCUGCUUCAAGUGGCGGCUCAGUGUCUGCAGCAGAUAAAAGCGGAAGGUCUCAGUCGCACGUCGUCUCCUCAACCAGCAGCAAGCCCCCAGGUUACUUUAACCUGGAGAGUCCUCUUCUAAAUCACCGUCUCCAGCAGCACAGAAGCACAAGAGAAAACAUGACCAGCGGUCAUACACAAGGUGUAAAACCUGCUCUUGUCCGGCUCAACAAAGCCACAGAAUACUCCUCUUCCAGUGAUGAGGUCGGCAGCAGUGAUGAUGAAGAGAGGAACAGGUCUGCUCUGUCCAAUGGAAAAGGGAAAUACUACAGAAGAAUACCUGAUGGUAUCGUCCUGCAACCUCACCACAAUCUGCACCAGACUUCUCGGCUGGGUUCUGACGAUACUUACCUGCUGCCAGACCUUCUGCAGAAAACCUCCCACUGCAGUCCUAACCAUAAUGCACUGUGCCAACAGCAGCAAACACGUGAACUCAGCUACUCGCAGUCGCCCACAGCCCCUCGAUGCCCCACACAUCAGGAACUCAAUUCAAAUACGGCUGUCAGCAGUCCUACUGGUAAAAACACCUCCUCAACUUCCUCCUUCCUGUCCUUCAUCGAUCCAAGAUUGAUCCCCAUAUCAUCACCUCCACAGAGCCCCACUGGUGUUAAGGGUGAGCCAAUCAAGAGAGAGAACCACAGGAAGGGCUCUGUGGUGAAUGUGAACCCGACCAACAUUCGACCACAGAGCGACACUCCCGAGAUCCGCAAGUACAAGAAGAAGUUCAACACAGAGGUUCUCUGUGCAGGACUAUGGGGUGUGAAUCUGCUGGUGGGGACAGAGAAUGGUCUGUGGCUGUUGGACAGAAGUGGUCAAGGGAAAGUCUACUCUCUCAUCAGCAGGCGAAGGUUUCAGCAGAUGGAUGUGCUGGAAGGACUCAAUGUGCUCAUCACUAUAUCAGGUAAAAAGAACAAGCUCCGUCUGUAUUACCUGUCCUGGUUAAGGAAUAAAAUCCUCCAUAAUGACCCAGAGGUGGAGAAGAGACUGGGUUGGACCUCAGUAGGUGACCUGGAGGGCUGUGUCCACUAUAAAGUGGUGCGUUACGAGAAGAUAAAGUUCCUAGUGAUUGCUUUGAAGAAUGCUGUGGAAGUGUACGCCUGGGCCCCAAAGCCCUACCACAAAUUCAUGGCCUUCAAGUCUUUCAGGUCUCUGCCUCAAAAACCACUCUCUGUUGACCUGACAGUGGAGGCAGGUCAAAGAUUAAAGGUCAUCUACGGUUCCUUGUCCGGCUUCCACGCCAUCGAUGUCGACUCUGGAACACCGUACGACCUCUACCUGCCAACUCAUAUCCAAGGCUCCAUCCGUCCCCACGCCAUCAUCAUCUUGCCAAACAGCGCUGGAACGGAGGUUCUGGUUUGCUACGAAGACGAGGGCGUCUACAUUGACACCUACGGCCGCAUCACCAAGGAUACAGUGCUGCAGUGGGGGGAGAUGCCUGCAUCAGUCGCCUACCUGCAGUCUAACCAGGUGAUGGGUUGGGGAGAAAAGGCCAUUGAACUGAGGUCUGCCAACACAGGAAACCUGGAGGGAGUCUUCAUGCACAAAAAGGCCCAGAAACUCAAGUUUCUCUGUGAGAGGAAUGACAAGGUGUUCUUCGCCUCAGUGCAGUCGGGAGGCAGCAGUCAGAUUUACUUCAUGACUCUUGGACAGAACUCUCUGUUCAGCUGGUAAUGACUGGACCUGUGAACUCUGGGAUCAACUGGUGAUGUCUGCCUAUUUUAUUCUGUGAUCGCCUGGUGAUGCCUUUUUAUAUUUGUGCAGACUCGUGUUGACCUCCAUGGACAGAAGACAAGGAUCAACUCAAUUCUCCUGGAUGCAUCACUUAUGUCUAGUUUCCAUGUAUGGAUCCACAGUUGAGUUGACCAUGAUGCCAGCGGCAGAACAAAAUGCUUGAAUCCAUCGCCCCAUCCUUGAUUUUUGCAGCGACAUCACUGUUGCCUCACUUGUCAAUGGAAGAGUAAUCUUUUACAUGCCUGAUCACUUUGAUCAUCAUUUGAUCAUUCUGAUUAUGUGGCGAGUUCUCAUGAACACCAGAUCACUGGUCAACAUCUGGCCUCAAGAGUCCUCUACCCAUCUGUCUGACACCACAGGAGUCUAUUCAGUUUUAACCAUAUUCAGCUUAUCUCUCCAGGAUCAGUUCACUUUUCUGAAGGACACCAUUGUUAACAGUAACUAUUGUAUUUUAUCUGUUAUUCACUUCUUUCCAUUUGCCUGGCUGUGGCGUUGGACUGGAUCAUCUGCUUUGCUCGCAUGCAAGCAGCCACUGUGCGAAAAGGAGUGAAAGCGACAAAAGAAGCUGUUACUCAACCGUGUUCCCUCUGAGGACAUGAUCUGGGCAUUUGGGGCCAGAUGUUGGGGCCAAAAUGUGGACUGAGCUGGAUGGUAACCUUGUGUCAUCCCACAGAUUGUUGCGGUUGCUUGAAAGAAGAGGGUUUUUCUUACAGUUACUCUGGGUGACACUGAGUCAGCAUGACCAUUACCAUUAUAGACCCAAUCAGUUGUAUUUAGCUGUUUCAUUAGCUGUAAUUAUACUGUCCAUGCAAACCUUAUAGUGAGGACAAAAUUCGGGAUUAAGAUGCACAAUAUCCUUGCACCAUAGUUCUCUGACUAUUACCAGACCAUUCUGUUCCUAAUUAAUGAGAUUCAAAUUCUUUCUCUGCUUAGCCUGAAAUCAGAUGCUAAUUUAUCCAAUACAUUUUCUUACGCAAACCGCUUUGGAUCGGUCUUUUCUGAGCAUUAGCUCUAUUUCAGAUCUGCACUAUUUUACUUUAGUCUUAUUAUGAUUUAAUUAAGGACCUGGAGAGCCUUUAACUUUACUGUAGGAGCCAUAAUUCAAAUGUACAGCAUUAAUAGUAAAGACGCAAAUCAACUAUACUCAAAAAGGCAGUGAAUGCUUUUUUUGUUUUCUUGCAUCUAUUGUGUAAAUACUGAUGUAACAAGCACUGUUUUCUAAAUAUUGCGUAAUUGACAGGACAUCUUGAUGUACAGUAUGUGUACAGAAGUAUAGGCUAAUGAAUGUGAACUUCUAUCCCAAAGCAGAGUUUAGAGUGUUAUUUCCAUGAUCCCAGAACACUUGUGAACAUGGACAUGAGCUACUGACAGUGAACCUGAAGGCUCAUAUCCAUGUGUUUAAGAACAAAAAAAAGUAUCAUGUGAAUUCUGUUUUGUGGUUGAUUUUCUCCAACAUGUAUAAGUCAGGCUCUUUGCACAAUGGCCUCUCUCUACAUGUUUUCUGUAAUAUAUCAUACUUUGAAAUUAUUUAUAUUUUUCAAAGUGGGAAACCUUUCAAGUCAUUCUCUUUUCCAGUCAGUGUGUAAGAGAUCACUGCGAACCGUUGGCUUUAGAUCUGUUUGUAGACCCAACAUGGGAUGCACACUUGUUUUUAAUGGGUCACGUUGAGAAGUAAUUAUUUUUGUUGACCCUUGGUCUGAUGAGAUGCAGCUAGCUGGGCUGAAAAAGUCAAAAGCUCCAUUUUAUAAUAUUUAGUGUUUUUCAAUUUUUUUCUUUUAUUUACACAAUGAGCUUAAAAGCAAGAAACCAAAGAUCAAAGACUUUGAUUUAUUGGUUUCCCUUGAUAAUUAAUGAAAAGAGAUCUGACGAAAAAUAAUCUAUAUCUGCAAAACACCAAGGGUUUGGGGUGUAUUAUUUAAGAAUGUUCAAAAGACUCCAACCAACAUAUCAGCCCUCAAAACCCCUGAACUGGUGUGUGUUGCUAAUUCUUACAAAUAUGCAAGUUUUUGUUGCUAGCAUUCUUACAUUUAAUUAGCCUACUUUUAUGAUAAAGACAGUAUUAGAUUUGGCGAAAGUGAAGUUAUUGGGUUUUACCUUCAAAUGUGAAUUUUCAAUUUGUUAAUUUCAGAUUCAUAUUCACUUAACCAGUCUUUUUAUUCCUUCGUCGGAUUUAGCUUAAAUAGCUGGUUAUACGUUAUUCUCUAUAUUGUAAUUAAUCUUUAGUUUUGUGACUAUCAGACAUUGUGCCAAAUGUUUUAUAUCCAGUGAUACAUUGAGUUUUUAUUGAUGUCAUAUUACAGCAGCUGGUUCUGUGAGAGUAAUUUAAACUGGAAUACGAACAUUCUGAUAUUGCUCAGUUGCUACCAAAACACAGGACCAGAUAUCUAGUUAGACAGGAAUUUAAAUGUAUGCUGACCGAUGUAGAAUACUAGCUAACAUGGGCUAAUAUUGUUGAACUAUUUGAGCUACCUAAUGUAAUGCAGGGUUUCUGGUUAGCAUGUGGCUAAGAUAGCAACUCUUGGUAAGCAAGCUAACAUUUGCUUAGCUGUGUAAAGUUUCAACACAAUAUUGGUCCAAAUUAGUGGAUACAUACAAUACAAUGCAGUACAUGUAUUGCAUAAUAAACUUUUAGCAAUUAAAAUUCAUUUAAAUAUCAAGCAAGUCACAAGGGUUCACUUUUUUAUUUUUAAAUCUUGACCACUUCGUUCAGUUACACAAUACAGAAGAAACGUAACAUUAGCAUCAGGCCCUGUGCUACUUUGUGUUAGAUUAGUCUUAAACUACAACAGUGAUUCCACCAACUGUCUAAUGUACAGUAAAGCCUGUAUUUGCUUCUCCUAUAUAUGCAUACGCAUACACGUGCGGCCAAACACGUACUAAUCAAAAGCUACUUUUUUUCAUUCAUUACAUUAUACAUCCAAUAAUGUAUUUGUAUGAAUACCAAUUAAAUCAUCAUAUGCAAUUGUAUAACAAUGACAGAUUUGAUAAUGAUUUGAACUAAAAACUAUUCCUAAAUUUAGUCCUGAGUUUGGAGUUAUGUUAUGUUGAUAUUUAAGGAGAAUAAGUUUAUUUUAUUAUCAUUAUUGUGAAACUGCCAUUUGACAUCAUAUUUUCAUUGAUCAAUAUGUUUCUUUUAAUCUGUCUCUUUAUUCCACCUGCUCCAAGAAACAGCCCAGAAAUCAGCUCAUAUUCAAACUUAAAUCAGUGUCGUGCCUGAAGCCGUGUGUUGAUUUUAGAUAUGGACUUCUUCUUCCUCUGCUUCACUUUGUCGUCUGCUGCACAUUUGACUAUAGCUCUGUCACUAAUGAGAGAGAAAGAGAUCAGUGCACUUCCUCCCACACCUUCCACUGUUUCAGGCUCGCUGUGACUCACUUCUCCAACUCUCCCACCAACUAUUUUUCUCUCAUUUUGUCAACACAUCUCUUCUCUCUGUCGCAUCUUAUUCCCUCAGCUCUCUCCUCAGCCUGCACUCGUCUCACUUUCUAGUGUCUGACAUAAUUCUCCAGAUCAGUUUGCUCAUCAUGUCUCAUUCUAGAUUGUCUCUGUUUCUCUUGUGUCAAGUCUCUCCAUUCACCCCCAGCCCACCUUCAGCCUAUUGGGACGUUUUUGAUAGCGUGACUGAAUUGAGUAAUUUUAUCUUUCUGUUAAUUCAUCUGAAUUAAGACGUUAAGUAUGACGAAUAGGAGACUAAUGCUAGAUGCAUAUCGUGUCACAUUUCUUAACUAGUACAUACAUCAACUUAUUUCCUUAACAUCACAUCACACUGUCCCUCUAUGUUACAUCUAACACGUACCAAUCGUAUGAAGAAAACCAUAGAUCGGGCCCAAUCUGUCCUUUUGCUGUUUGUUGGAGUGGGUGGAAACAUGAUGCAGAAAAAUGAAUGAAUAUGCACUAGGUUUGCCAUGUUCCCUUACAGCAAGGCUAUGUAACUUGUGGCAGGUGCACAACAAUGCUAAAUGCUAAAACUUAACAUAAACACAGGUAGAAAGGAUUCAUAAGGUUAGUAACUUAGUAAUGUCACAUGCUUGCUAAUAUCUUAGGUUUGCUAACAUUUGCCACUGCAAGCUACCAUGGACAUACCAGACAGAGUCAGGCUCUUGAGGGUACUGGCCUGAUCACGGGUGCAUUCUUUUAACAUAACUUUAUUUUCUUUCUUCUUUCAAAAGUUACGUAGUUCUGUUCAAAGUGCUGAAACUGUUAUUCUCCAGCCUGUGUACCAUCAAGAGUCCGGAUGAGCAAUGCAGGUCAAAAGAAAGUGUGUGGGAGGGUGUGACGAAGACUGUGAGCAGGUGUUUGCUGAAGCAGAAUUGAGUCUGCGAGGGAAGGAAGUGUUAAGAAGAGUUAGAGGAGGACGCUGGUGGCUUGAGUGAGGUGUCACGUAACAGAACGAACUCAGAUGUUGCUUAAAAACACAAAUCCACAAUUGCAAAAAGGAAUUUACUGCCAUCCUCGAAGCACAAAGUAGAUUCAGGAAAAAAACAUUGGAAAACUCUUGUUGAAAGUCAAACUAUUUACUGAGCUGACAGAGCCAGAGAUGGAGCACCACACUGCACAGGUGGAUUGACAAUUUAUAGAUGAUGAUGGCAACAAAUGUUAAACACCAAUAGGCUGAUGGCAAUUUCCUAGUAUUGUCUGUUUACGGGGGAUAUUUUCCAGAAGUUGAGAUUUAGCCAAUACUUUACAACUACUGUCAGUAUUUUGAAGUUUUUUUGUCAGUGGAGACUUACAGGACAAUUGUGUUGAAAAUUCACAGAAAUUGAGAUUAUAAAAAAACAAAUGUUAAUAUUAUGUAUUCCAGAAUAUAUAUUUCUUUUCUAUUCCAUGCCUCUUGUGUUGUAAGGAUGAUUGUUACUUUUUUGCACUGGACCUACAGUAUGUUUGAUUGACUGACAUUGACUGUACCCCUGUUACCUUGAGAUGAACACACACUUGUGUUUCCUUGUAAAGAUGCCAGAGACAUUGAGACAGCAAUAAAAACGUUGAAUUGAGUCAAA